ACAACCCCAAGUGAGAAUUCAUUCAUCAUGGGCUUCAUGCUGUCAAGCUAGCCGUUGUAUUUACGCGGGACGUGUGUAAUAAAUAGUAAGUGAACAGUAAUGCCAUUUGUAGAGCAUCGCCAGUAUCUGUAAUGCCGCAAUAUCUGCGGCUGGAUGAUUUCUAAGUUGAGCGACACUUUCCUGCGUGGUGUACUGGGAACUCACGUCUCGUGUUAUGGGAGAGACACGGAGGUCAGACGAACGGUGGACUGUCAACAAUAAUGUCCGAGUAAAACGAGACUGCUGCUGCUUGGCCAGCUAUAUGUUAAUCUUCUAGCACUGAUCAGCGUAAAAUUGAAUCAUGCCUGGGAAACUGAAGGCCAAAAUUGUGGCAGGGCGCCACUUGCCUGUGAUGGACAGAGCCAGUGACCUUACUGAUGCUUUCGUAGAGGUCAAGUUUGGAAACACAACCUUCAAAACGGAUGUCUGUCCCAAAUCCCUCAAUCCACAAUGGAACUCGGAGUGGUUCAAAUUUGAGGUCGAUGAUGAGGACUUGCAGGAUGAGCCGUUGCAGAUCACAGUAUUGGACCACGACACUUACAGUGCUAAUGAUGCCAUAGGGAAAGUUUACAUUGACAUUGAUCCGCUGCUUUACAGUGAGGCUGCUUCUGUCAUCUCUGGCUGGUUUCCCAUCUAUGAUACCAUCCAUGGAAUUCGAGGGGAAAUAAACGUCAUUGUUAAAGUGGAGCUCUUCAACGAUUUGAACCGUUUCAGACAAUCUUCAUGCGGGGUCAAGUUUUUCUGCACCACAUGUAUUCCACAGUGCUACAGGGCAACUUUGGUGCACGGCUUUGUUGAGGAACUCGUGGUAAAUGAAGAUCCAGAGUACCAGUGGAUUGACCGUAUCAGAACUCCCAGGGCCUCCAAUGAAGCGCGACAGAGGCUCAUCUCUCUCAUGUCUGGAGAACUACAGAGAAAAAUAGGGCUUAAAGUGCUGGAGAUGGGUGGGAAUGCAGUAGUGGGCUACUUGCAGUGUUUCGACCUGGAAGGAGAGUCAGGCCUGGUGGUCCGGGCCAUAGGUACCGCCUGCACGCUGGACAAACUCAGCUCUGGAAGUGCCCCUAACACCAACACACACAUGCACCCAAACACAGCUCCUGCUUCCAAUGCCUGCAAUUCCCCCUCUAAAGAUGGAAAGGAGCCGGUAUUUGUUGAGGAUCUGCCCUCGUCCUCCGGCCCGCCAACCCCUUUCAGAGCCCUUCCCACCUCCUCCUCUCCUCCCCCCUUCUCUCCCUCCAAGCCAUGCAGCCGCCAGUCCUCAUCAUCAGACACAGACCUCAGUUUGACGCCCAAGACGGAGGAGCCCCAUUCAGUGAGAUGCAGACCUGGGAUCUUCCUCUGCCCCAGCUCCCCCAUCCUUUCCACAGACACUCUGUCCCUUCCUGGUUCUGGCUCAGUGGGCUGUGGUCGUGGCUCUAACCCCAGGGCAACCACCUCAGCCCCACUCUCCUCCAUCCAGUCAGACUCUGCCUUGCUGAGAAAGAGCGUGUCCUUCACUGAGGACCUGCUGCUGGCAGCCUCCGGAAUGGGCAGUGGAGGCAGCGCCGGGAAGGAGGCGGGACCUCUGAGGACCCUCCUCAGACAACAGACGCAGACAGCUCUUGAGCAGCGGGGAGCGUCUUCCUCUGGGUUAUUGUUAAACGCCAGGGAGUUCCCCUUCUUCACCUUGACAUCGUUCCCGCCUGGUUUUCUGCUUCAUGUUGGUGGAGUGGUCAGCGCUCGAUCUGUCAAAUUACUGGAUCGGAUACACAACCCCGCCUUGGGUAACACGCGCUCAUACAAACUGCUAGACUGGAAUAGUGUCACUGCAGAUGAGCCCGAGACUCGCGAUGCCUGGUGGGAGGAGAUUCGCCAGGAGAUCAAAUCUCAUGCCAGAGCUCUCGGUUGCCAUGCGGUUGUAGGGUACAGUGAGAGCACAAGCAUCUGCGAGGAGGUGUGUAUUCUGUCCGCAUCUGGCACAGCAGCCAUCUUGAAUCCUCGGUACAUGCGUGAAGGCUGCCUGGACAUCGGCUGCACCGACCACAGGUUUGAGGAGCCAUCGCCACCAAACUGUGGCUUCUGUCACAUCCCGUACGAUGAGCUCAACAUGCCCUUUCCUGCACAGCUCACCUAUUGUUACCACUGUAGACGACAAAAGGUUCCUGAUGUGCUCUUCACAACAAUUGACCUGCCAUCAGAAGCAGCUGUUGCAGGAAAGGGCUGCCUUAUCCAGGCCAGGCUGUGUCGUCUAAAGAAGAAAGCCCAGGGAGAAGCGAAUGCAACGGCCAUCUCUAACCUGCUGCCUUUCAUGGAAUAUGAGCUACACACUCAGCUGAUGAAUAAGCUGAAACUGCGGAGCAUGAACGCGCUGUUUGGCCUGCACAUACAGAUCAGUGUUGGCGAGAACAUGCUCCUGGGUCUGGCUUCUGCUACAGGUGUGUACCUGACAGCUCUGCCUGCUCCAGGGGGUAUCCAGAUAGCAGGGAAGACUCCAGGAGACUUGAGCAGCGAGCAUAUAUCAUCCAUUCAGAAAAGGAUUAAUGACACCAUAGCUGUGAACAAAGAGCUCUAUCAAAUUAAUCCUCCGGAGCUUGCAGAGGAAGGGGUGGGCUCUCCAAUCCCUGAGCCAAGGCAUCGAUCCAGACUUUUUCGCUCCCACUCGGAAAGCUCAGACGAACUAUCAGAACUGGAUCUGUCCCAUGGCAAAAAGGAUGCCUUCGUCCUGGAGAUUGAUGACACCGAUGCCGUGGAGGAUAUCCACUCCCUCCUGAUCGAUGCACCUCCCCCCACAGGUUUCUACAGCUGCAACACUGAAAAUAUGCCUGGGAUUUCUAACUGGACUUCAGGAGUACAGAUGUUUACAUCAGUGAGGGUUUUGAGGUUGAGCAAUGCCAAUCUUACUAACCAAGGCUUAAACAAGAUCUUCACUGACCUCUGUGAGAACCUGCUGAAGAGUUUUUACUUCAAGCUGCGCUCUAUGAUCCCCUGCUGUCUUUGUCAUCUCAACUUCACCGUAGCAGUGCCAGAAGAAGAGCUCAUACAGGUCACAGUGACAGCUGUUGCCAUGACCUAUGACAAGGAACAGACUCAGGAGAAGACAGCUGAGAAGCCCGUCAACAAAGGGAGCCUUGAGGCUGAAGAGCAGCUGCAGUUUCCCCUGGAAUUGUGUGCAGACUCGUCCUCUUCCAACAUUCAGACAGCAUCCAAAAUCUCAGAUACAGUCUCUUUAUUCACCCCAGCUGCAAAGCUGUGCCAAAACCAGCUGCUUAUAGUACGAUCAGCAGGUGUCGGAGAAAGUACCAACAUCUCACCCAGAGCUGCCUCCGUUGAUUACGGUUCCUUUGCAGACAGAUGCAGCACCUGGCUAGAGCUGCUUAGGCUGAAAGCUCACACCAUAAGACGAGGAUCAGUUAAGACAAGUAGGAGGACACAGUCUCUAGCACACUCUGUCUCAUCUUUGGAGCGCUGCAGUCCGCUUCAAGAGGGACGUUCCCGCUCGCUGCGCUCCAGUCGCUCGUUUGGAGGCAGCUCGGUAACGGUGGUGAAGAUGACGCCGCUCUCCUUCCUUUCCGGGACACGCAUCAUUAAAUACCUUGGCAUUAUCAACAUGUUUUUUAUCAGAGAGACGACAUCAUUACGGGAGGAAGGCGGUGUCAGCGGCUUCCUUCACUCAUUCAUCGCAGAGGUGUUUGCGAUGGUUCGAGCCCAUGUAGCGGCCCUCGGCGGCAAUGCAGUUGUGUCUUACAGCAUGAAAGAAUGUGUGUUCAUGGAAAAUCCAAAUAAAAAUCAGGCUCAGUGUCUCAUAAAUGUAAGCGGUGAUGCGGUUAUCUGCAUCAGCGAAACAGACCAGGAGUCCUCAGCAUCAACGGCAAAUACUGGACAGACCGGUGGCGGAGGAACCGAUGGGGCUACAUGACAAUGACACUGUCCCCGAUUCUGGCUCCAUGAAACACACACUAAGUCAACACACUUUAAGUCUAGCCGUCCAAAUCUGACUGACUUAUGUUUGCCUUAAAACUCUAUAAAAGAUCCAAAGGCUUGUACACAGCGAAUAAAGAACCAUUUCUCAAGCAUGCAAAGCAAUCUAUAUUAAUAUAGGAGUGUGGGAUGUUUCUUUUUGUUUAAAGAGAGCAUAUUUUGCAGGACAUAUUAUGGAAUUUCAAAGUAUUUAAAAACAUUUAAAACCAGUCACCGACUCCUUACACCUAACCUUCAUAUUAAAGCCGUCCAUGCUGGGGUCACUCACAGCCACGGUAUAUUGGUCAUCCAGUCGGGUAUGAGUAAGGCAGCUAUGACUGAUUUGUCCAUCCACGGAUCACAGAUGUCACUCAAUGACUGAAGUAAAAGGGAUACAAGCUAAUGAUUUUAAAACACAGUCAAAUUCUUACUCUGCUAUUUCAUCCCAUGUGUUGAGCACCAAGUGAGCAGAUUAUGCAUCAGGCAAGGCAAGUGUUUAAAUUUCAACUGAGUGGUGCUCUUUCUUAAAAUAUAGAAAAAUUAGCCUGAAGUGGAAAAUUUUGAAGCUAAUUCCAAAGAAUCCAGGCGGACCUGUGAUCCGUUCACUCUUGUCCGGUUUUAAUGUUUUAUGUCUAAACUGGGCUCAUGUUGAAUUUGUUGAGAAUCUUAAUAAUUAGUUUUAAAGUGUUUCUCAGAGGAAGUCCAAAAUUGUUCUGCAAGUGUGGAACGAUGGUGUCACAGCUGUAUUUCUGGGAGGAAACUCGUGUUACAUGCAUAUAGAUAACACAAGCCAAAAUUACAGGUGUUAUAUGCACAUAUUUUUGUAGAGCAAUAACUCCCUUUAGAAUAGCCAUUACCAUAUAUUCAGUAUAAAGCUAUUUAAAACUAUUAGAUUAUAUUGCUUUAUCCUAAAUUCAAGUGACAUAGCAGGUAUGCUUUUUAUUCACAUGCAACUGGAGUGAGCAGGGAAAUGGUGACAGGUGUGAUGUCAGAUGAAUACAAACAAAACUGAUGAGUGGAUAUAAAGCGGGUCUUUGGGAUGUCGUAGCAGGGAUGUUUAAUAGAAUAUAAAGUCUUUGAGGUUGUUUUAAAGUAUUUAAACCUAGAUCUUUGGGUAUCGAAGCAACCGACGUCCUCCUCUUGAUGCAUUUAUCUGUGUGUGUCAAAUUUCACAUACCUUCGCCAAGCGUAAUCGCUGUUUCGUGGGCACUCGUGUUUAUGUUUAGAGUCUUGCUGCUGAUCUUCUGUCUAUUGUGGGGGGGAAGCAGCUACAAGUGUCUGUGCCACCUGAAAACAGACUGUGUAAAUGUUCUCAAAAAAAAAAAAAAAAUCAGAUUUCUAGUAUUUUUGUAAGUUAAAGAGUCCUACUACUUAAUUCAGCUGUGCAAUGAGUUUCAUGAUGUUUUGUGUCACUGUGUCAGAGGAUUAGUGGUACUCUGUUUUGUGUGUGAUCAGCUGUUUGUGAUUAGUUUCAUAUGUUUGUGUCUAAAACUUGAAUGUAAAUACUUGGAAGCUUUGGCUUUUUGACUAGCAGCAUGCAGACCCACUUUUUAUUGCCAUGACCCUGUAUGCUUGCCUGAUAAGUCUUGCACAAUAAACCUGAGUCAAAGUGA